AUGAAGAAAGGAUGUGUGAAAAAGAAAACCUAUAACAAUAGGGAAGGAGCGGGAAAAUUAGAUAUUUGGAGACACUGGAAGGGGACACGUGUCCCAAAACUUAUUCGUUUAUUAUGUAUAGAAGAUACUAGUUAUAUCAUAUGUAAUCGCCUGAAUACUCAUUUUUUCAAUUCAAUUGUCUGUUUUAUCUUCAAUUCAAUUGUCUGUUUUAUCUUAAUUUUUAUACCUUACCUUUUCGUGAGAACAAAAAAGAAGGAGACCAUAGAGGAGGAGGUGACAGCUGUCACUUCUAGUCCCACAUCUUUGGUUUCAAGUGCUUUAGUUAGCGAUCCAUCACCAACUGUCAUGGGACCGGUGAAACCACGUGAACCCAUACCAUUAAAUCAGCAGCUUGAGCUUUUCAAAUGGAUUUUGGAGGAGAAAAGGAAAGUGAAAACAAAAGAUCUGGAGGAGAAAAAGAGAAUCGACGAAGAAAAAGCCAUUCUUAAACAAUUCAUCUGUGCAAAAUCCGUCCCAUCUCUGUAA